ACUCCACAAUAGGACACACAAAAAUUAAACAUGUCUGAUGCAGACUUGAAAAUAAAACACGGUAUAAAAUAUACAUCCAGCGAGUGUGAUUCGAACUGGGAAGACUUGAGUUGUUCAUAAGUUGAAGGCGACAUCCUGUCUAAACUAGAGUGUAUUUGGGUCUGCUCAGUGGCUGGGGGUGAAAGUUCGGUUUGCUGGUGUAUAUCCGCAUAUUGUCGCAAUCCAGACUUCGGUAACAGGAAGGCCGCGAUAUCUCAUCCGAGAUCAGUGUAAAAUACUUUGGAUGAAUACUUUCAACAAUAGUAUUUCCGCUGCUAGGUGGUCGCUUCUAGCAUUAUGGAAUACUAUUUUUCCGUAAUCUAUGUAUUGAUUUCUGUGGAACUGGCGGGUGGAGAUCUCAAUAAGAUCGACUCAGCCGAGAUCGGCGUCAUCCGCACUAAACGACAAACAUCAAUGAAAUUGUCGUCAUCAGAAAAACGUCUCGUCAUAGAAUCCCACAAUGAACUGCGCCGACUGGAAAAAGCUACGGACAUGGCGUACAUGUCUUGGGAUGAAGAUCUAGCUAACCAGGCCCAACAAUGGGCAGACAAAUGCAAGUGGAAACACGGAAAUGUUGUUGACGUGCCCAAGUUUUCCUACGUUGGACAAAACCUGCAAGCAAGUACAGGUCAGGUUGGCAUGGACACGGUUAUCAAGAAGCAGUGGUACUACAGUGAGAAACCGUCAUACACCUACAAGACCGGGUACUGCGCGAAGGUCUGUGGACACUACACCCAGGUCGUGUGGGCGGAGUCACGUUCUGUAGGGUGUGGAAGGACUUUCUGCCCCAAUAUUGCAGGCAUCAGCUGGGCAGGUGGCGGCUAUAUUGUUGUUUGUAAUUAUGGACCAGGCGGUAAUAUUCGAGGUUACCAGCCGUACAGACGGGGUGGUGCCCCUUGUUCCAAGUGCCCGCGAAGCAUGUCCUACUGUAUAAAUGGCCUUUGUAGUGCCAGCGCCGAGCCCUAUACCAGUUCAACUACCCGAUCAUCCCCAUCAAUAGCAUUAUAUCUUAUCUUUGUACUGAUUGCUUACCUUGCUUUGUGACAAACAUUAUGAUUCGUCAAAAGUACUGCCGUGAUAGCUGUUGCUAUGAUUGUUAUAUUGUUAUGCUGUUUAAAAACAUUUGAAAGGAGAUCAUGAAUCCUUAUGUGAUUUUCUGAACUGCGGACCAGGGUCAAUCAAACAAAACAAAACAAUUCUCUCUCUCUCUCUCUCUCUCUCUCUCUCUCUCUCUCUCUCUCUCUCUCUCUCUCUCUCUCUCUCUCUCUUUGUUUGUCCCUCCG